CUUUAGAAAUUGACAUUCCUAUUCCAGACAAAGAACCAUACAGAUUCCUCACACUUGAUAAUAUUAAACAAUCACCAACUCAAGAGGCAGUUGCUGAUGAAAAAUCCCGAACUAUACAGGUUAUAGACAUCCUCCUUGGUACACCAACAUCUACAGUUUGUGCUAAAUUUUCAAAAUUUGAGGAAAUUGAAAACAUAACUCCACAAACACGUAAUUUCUACCAACAUGCUUUCAUUAAAUACAAAAACACUGAAGGAAACAAAAAAUUUGCAGAAGAAACAUGGAGUAUUUAUCUCUUGAAAGAUGCAGUAAGGGUCCCACCAUUAGAUCUUACACAAGAACAAAGAGAACAGAGACAGGCUCAUAGUCGUCGAAGGAGGGAUGAUAUCGACCAAAGGUCGAAUCCCUCAAG